UUUAUUUAGUCAAUAGCUUGUUGGAAUCAAACAGAGACUUUUCUGCAAUGCUUUAGUUUCAAAUGAGCCCUCUCCUCCACAGUUAAGGUCUUUGUAGGCGUUGGCAGUGGCGAAGAGUUCUUUCAUCCAUCCAACCACCAUGGAAGACACCCAAUCAGAUCCUCUUGAUCAACAAACAAAACCCGAGAUACCGGAGGAGGACGAUAGGAGAACAAUGAGGAUUUGUUCCUUCAAGAAGAAGGCAAUAAACGCUUCCAACAGGUUCAAGAACUCUUUCAAGAAGAAAUCGAGGAGGAGCAACAGCAGAGUGAUCACAGCCCUAAUCGAAGACGACAUUGAUGCAGAAGAACUUCAGUCUCUUGAUUCUUUCCGCCAAGCCCUCGUCUUGGACGGGAUCUUGCCCUCGAAACACGACGAUCUCCACAUGAUGCUAAGAUUCUUGAGGGCAAGAAAGUUUGAGAUUGGGAAGGCAAAGCAAAUGUGGGCUGACAUGCUUCAAUGGAGGAAGGAUUUCGGGGCCGACUCAAUCAUAGAGGAUUUCGAGUUCAAAGAAAUCGACGAAGUUCUCAAGUACUAUCCACAAGGCUAUCACGGCGUCGACAAGGAAGGAAGGCCGGUUUACAUAGAGAGAUUAGGCCAAAUCGACGUUAACAAGCUCUUGCAAGUCACGACAAUGGACCGAUACGUGAAAUACCACGUGAAAGAGUUCGAGAGGACAUUCAAGAUCAAGUUCCCGGCUUGCUCAGUCGCUGCCAAUGAGCACAUUGAUCAGAGCACGGCGAUUUUGGACGUUCAAGGCGUGGGUCUCAAGAACUUCAGUAAAUCUGCAAGAGAGCUUCUUCAACGCAUUCUCAAGAUCGAUAACGACAACUACCCCGAGACACUGAACAGGAUGUACAUAAUCAAUGCGGGUUCGGGGUUCAGACUCGUGUGGAGUGCAGUAAAAUCCUUCCUAGACCCGAAGACCACAACAAAAAUUCAUGUUCUUGGGAACAACUACAAGAGCAAGUUGCUUGAAGCCAUCGAUUCCACUGAACUGCCAUCCUUCAUCGGAGGCACUUGCAGCUGUGCAGACAAAGGAGGUUGUAUGCGUUCAGACAAAGGUCCAUGGAAUCUUCCUGAGGAUCUUAAGACUGAUGCAAACAGUGAUGCCAUGUGCUCGACAGUUUCUUUUCCCCUUGAAUUAUCGAAUAAGGUCUUGAGAUUAUCGAAGAAGUUACAGAUUCCAGAGGGAAACAAGAACAGAACAGUGAACGAUGAAUGCGAGAAGCACGUAAUAGCGGUUGACAGGCCAAUGGACAUGGCUUGGCCCGAAAAACAGCCGAAAGAUGACAACUUUCCCGUCUCCGAAGGCAGUUACGUAAGGAGAGGGGCACAGAAGAAAGGAGAGGGUUUACUUGCGGGAGGGGUAGUUGCAUUUUUUAUGGGCAUUGUGGCCAUGGUUCGUCUAUCCAAGCACAUGCCACACAAGCUCACGGAGGCUGUGUUGUACGGAACAUCUGUUCACGACGAAAAAUCGACAAAAAAUAAGCAGAACCAGUUGGCUAAGUUCCCAGAGCCGGAACCGGUGUCGAGCUCCGAGUACAUAUUGAUGGCGAAACGCGUGGCGGAGUUGGAAGACAAGUGCAAGGUUCUCGACAUGAAGCGAGCGGAUGUUUCAGCUGAGAAAGAGGAGAAUCUCCAGGCUGCGUUAACCCGUGUUCAAGCGCUUGAGCAAGAUUUGUCUGAAACUAAGAAGGCUCUGGGCGAAGCUCUGAAGGAGAUUCUUGAGUACAUCGAGAAGAAGAAGAAGAAGAAGAAGAGGAAACUGUUUUUCGGGUUCUGAAUCUGAGGAAAGACACGCACGCAUCUUGUUCUUAGAGACGAGAAGAUCAAAAGCAAGAAGCUGAUAAUUGAGAGCCUCGAGAUUAUUAACUGAUGUUGGCGAAACGUAGGGGUGGGCGUUUCAACCCGUAAUCCGGGAGUUUGGGGUACCUGGCUUAACAAGUACCCGGAGAAAGGGUACCCCGGAUUUUAACGAUGAUGAGACCGGGUUUAACGAGGUCGAGUUUUUGACCCCCGGGUCCGGGUCCGGGUUUCGAUUAACUCAUAACGGGUACCCGGUAUAUUAAUUAAAAA